UUCUACGGUCGUGUUUUAGAAGCACUUAAAAUAGCUGAAUUAUUUAAGAUGCGUUUUUGUUGAUCAGGAAGUGUAUUUUAUAUAUCUUAAAUUGUAGUUUGAUAUAUAAUGGAUUACCACCUUAUCUUUGUGACAAUAUUGAACUACGCAUUGAUAAAAGAAUCCUUUCAAUAUGAAAACCUGGCUCUCGGUGGGACUGUGACAGUGAGUCAGAGAUACAACAACAAGGACUUUGACCCCAGCCUCGCUGUGGACGGUGACCACAGUACGGACCUGUUAAAGUGUUCACUAACUGCUUCCGGUCAAAAAGAGGCGUGGCUUACCGUAGACUUAGGGGAGGAGAAAAAUAUUGCAUCUUUAUCUUUCAUACAUGGUGGUUUAGGAACCAAUGCAAAACCAAUAGAUUUGUCCACAUCGGGUAUUUUUAGGAGCGGAACUUCUAGCACAGUUAAAACAAACACAGUUUCCGGAUGGCUCUGUUAUGAUCAUUUUACUGUAGAGGACGCUCAAGUUGUGUGUAUGAUUUGGGGACUAUUACCAGACAACAGUCGCUUUUCAGAAAAAACAUCAACAAGUGAAAAUUCAUUUGCAAAUAAAAAUUAUGAAUGCAUCGGAAAUGAAACAAGUAUACAUGAUUGUUCAAAGAAUGACAAACAGUGUUCGUCUUUUAGAGGUUACUUUAAAAGGACUGAGCUAAAUUGUAAAGAAGGAGAUACCCUGUCGGGAUUUUCAGUGCAUCUGUCUAACACCAUAGACUGGAAAUCAGGGACCCUGUGUUAUCAACACGACUUUACAGAGCCACUAGAUAACACCGUCACUAUCGAUUGUUUUACUUCCGGUCGUUAUGUUACGAUUUAUAAUUCAAGGAAUAAUACAGAUACAUCCCUUGUAUCGGAGUUUGCUUACAUCAAUAUCUGUGAAUUAAAUAUAACAGGUUGCAACAUAGGAUUUUAUGGAGAGAACUGCACAAAAUGUCCAGACAACUGCUUUAAUGACACCUGUCAAUUUCAAAUCGGGCAUUGUUUUGGUUGUAAAGAUGGAUUCCAAGGUGAAAGGUGUGAAGAAGAAUGUGCUUCUACUCUGUAUGGACCCUUCUGUAACACGUCUUGCAGUGAAUACUGUCAAAACAAAACAUGUAACCAGUCCUCUGGACACUGCAUAACUUGUAUUGGAACACGCUCUGGUCCUUUCUGUGAAAAUGAAAUAAUUCCUGAGAGUGCAGGUUUUGGUAGUUCUGUUGCAGCAGAAGAUAUCCCUUUCACAAUCAUUGGGGCUGUUGUCGGGGUGUUUCUAAUCGUGUUACUAGCCCUCCUAGUAGUGUGUCUGCUUGUUAGAAGAAAACGAAGACUGGACACCAAAUCAGAAGACGCCAUUGGGCUGGAACCGAUGGAGACGCCGAUGUCUGAGAGAAAAACAAAUGUUUACUAUGACGAGACAGACGAAGAAUACCCGAUGAGUUACCAUAAUGUCAGCUAUAUAACAAACGCAGAGGAACAAAGGGAUUCAGAGUUAGAAGACACAGAAAGUGAAAUUGAAACCAAAAGUGGGGGUUCAAUGGCGGAUCUAAAUGAUGUUGAGCUCAUCAGCGAAAAUUUAGGGGACAUUUCCAUUAAAGACCUCCAUGACUAUAUUUUGAGGAAGCAUGAAUUAAUGGACGAGGGCUUCAAGGCAGAAUUUAAAGCUUUGCCAGAGGGGGACAUAAAUCGAUGCUCUGUUGGAGGCCAAGAUAAAAACAUUUUAAAAAACCGCUUCAAAAACACCCUACCAUAUGACCACACACGAGUUAUAUUAAAAGACAGCAAAAGCGAAGAUUAUAUAAAUGCCAGCUAUAUUUCUGAUGCCUUUGGUAAACAGGAAUAUAUUGCAUGCCAAGGCCCUAAACCUACAACAGUGAAAGAUUUCUGGCGGAUGAUAUGGCAGGAAAAUAUUCACACAAUCGUUAUGCUAACGGGGAUUAUCGAAGGGAAGAAACGGAAAUGUGAACAGUAUUGGCCAUCUCUCGGAAGGACACUCAUUUAUGGAAAGAUAUCAGUGACUUCAUUGGAAGAAAAGAACUACGCAUUUUAUACCAUUCGACGCUUAAAGAUAACAAACGAUCAGGACAACAACAAGGAAAUUCGUUACCAGAACCAUUUUCACUUCACUGGGUGGCCAGACCAUGGAAUUCCUUCAACAUUGCAGCUUCUUUCGUUCUAUUUCCGGGUUAAAGAUCAAGUUAAAAAAGAUGGGGAUUCAUCACCUCUUGUUGUCCACUGCAGCGCUGGUGUUGGUAGAACGGGUACAUUCAUAGCUAUUGACGCGCUUGUGCAAUAUGGACAAGAGAAAGGGACAGUAAACGUCACCAAAUAUGUCAGCGCUAUGAGGCGAUACAGAAUGCACAUGAUCCAGACUUCGGGCCAAUAUAUUACUGUCUACAAAUGCCUGGACGAAUUUUUCAAUUAUCCACGCCACGUUAUUUGCCGGGACAUCAUUAACGAGCAAAUCGGAUCAACUUUGACGGAAGAAUUUCAGGAAGUGUGCAGAUACAUUAACGAACAAAGGGAGCUAAAUGAUUGGGAUGCUCAACCCGGUGAGACGGAGAAUAAGGAUCGCUUGAUAAUCGCUGAAUUUCCUUCACUUUUGCGUGAAGAGGGUUUCCUAUCAUCGAGACAUCCAUCUACCAAGAACCUCCCCCAGUUUCUGUCCUUGUUGGUUGACGUUUCUCCAUCUGUGGUCGUCGUCCUAGAUUCAGAACAGUCAACUACUGACGAAUGGAUACCGGAAGGAAGCACUCUGGUUGUUGGUAGAUAUGUCGUAAAACAAACCAAGAGUCGAGUGACCAGUGUUAAUAAAAGAAUGUCGACCAUUGGUGUAGCUAUUCAGCACGGGGAUGAUGUAGAGGUCGACAUUCGAUUAAUCGAGCCUGUAGCACAAAAAGAUUCAGAUUACUCGAAUGUAACACCCCUAUCGGAUAUAAUAGAUGCCUUCACGAGUCUUACUGUUCCGAAAGACAAACCAGUUAUCAUUCUCAACAAUGAGAAUAGCGUAGAAGUUCUUGUGACAACGAUCGUUCUGAAUGCCCUACAUCAGCUGUGGGUUGACGGAGAGACAGAUAUCAGUUUGCUAUCUAGAUAUCUACUGACACUUCAGCCAUCAGAACCCAUGUCUGUUGAAGAUUAUAAGAAAUGUUACAGACUUGUUCAUCGAUUUGCAACACGAAAUUUUUCAGCAGAACUCAAUUUACAGGAAGAGCAUGUUUAUGCAAAUUGAGAGUUUCAACGGUGACGAAAACUUUGAACACCUUAGCCCUUUUCUGAAGACGAAUUUUUUAAUACAUGUACAUGUGUCUUUUAUUAGAACUGGUUUCUCUUUAAAAUGUAUUCACAUAUAUUCAGUAUUUUUAACAUUUUUGAUAAUUUUCAUAGACAUUAUUUAUCUCUGUAUGAGAGUUUGGUACAUUAAAGUAUUAUAAGUAUUUUUGUAUUUACUGCAUAUAUAGAUUAACAUUUACAACAGACCAGCGACAGUUAAUAAAUAAAUUCGCUUUGUAAGGUAUCUCUACGGGUUUUGUGUUAUAAUCAUGAUGUUUAUUCUUUAACUCUCCCUAAAUUUUUUUGGUACGUUUUGUAGACAUUCGAUAUAUCAUCACUUAGCAGCAUUAUGUUAAUUCUUUAACUCCCCUUAUUUUUUUUAACGUUUUGUAGACAUUCGAUGUAUCAUCACUUAGCAUUUUACAUUUUAUCGAUAACUGAUUGAAAUUCUAAGAUAUAAAAUCCUAAUGAUGCUGAUAGAACUGGCAUUGAUUAAAUAUAUUGGAUAAAUAAUAUUGUAUAUAUUUAUUAAAAAAUAAGCACAUAAUGACAUUAAUAUAUCCAGCAGCAAACAAUCCAGAGUCGAUAAAAUCAUUACCUCUUUUUUUUUAAACAACAACAUAGGUUCUUAAGUGUCAAUAUAAAUACGGAUUGACAUUAAGAUAAUCCAACACGAUAUGAAGUUUGCAUAAUUAUGGUGCAAUGUAAAUUUUAUAACUCAACAUUUGUGUUUUGAUUUUUUACCGAACAGUGUAUUGGCUCAUUAACCAUUGUCGAAUUGGAAAUUUCCCCAAUGAAAAUUGUUAAAUAAGAUUUGAGCCCAUUAACAGUUUUUGAAGGGGCCAAUAUCCCAUUUAAUUUAUAUUGUGACAUUUAACUAUAUAAGUAUGGAAUAUUUGUCCAAAUACGCUAAACUGAAAUAAACA